AUGUCUUUCGUGGUUGACCAGGUGCGACGAAUUGACAGCCAGCUCGAUCGGCUGCAGCUGUCAUCCACGCGAACAGGCACCUUCUCCAUCACCGCCGAGGAAGCCCACGACCCCACCAAGACGACACGAAUCGCACAUCUGCAGUAUCUCAUCAAGUCCCUCUCUACAACCGCAUCAUCCAAACACAGCCUUGUCCCUGUCGCGCGCAUAUCGGAGACGCUACAACGUGCCAACAUCGCUAGCAGUUAUGAGGAUGCGAGCUACGAGCAUGAGUUGGAAUGGCUACUAGUUAGCAAGGCGACGACACAGGUCUAUGGACAGGUCUUGAGCACGAUACUGGAACAGACCAUCCCACUCGAGGACGACUUGUGGUACUGGGACGACAUUCUCUCCACCUACCGAUUCGCUGGGUUAUACUCGAUACAGACAUCCCCAGUCCGGGUGUGGAAAUGGUCGCAGGAGAUAUACCAUGAUGUGUUGUCACGUGGGGGCCAAGUCGCCGAUGGUUGGAGCCAGUUCUAUGGCCUCGUCAAAGAUGCAGUCCAAGAGCGGAGCAUCGCCAAUAUCCAGCGAAGGGUCGUGAGCCCACUGGCGCUUGUGAGAAACGAAGGCAGAAGGAAGCGGGCAGCCUUGAGGAAGAUACGGCUCAUCAAUGCAAAUGCGCUCGGCGUACUGCUAGGCGAAGGCUUGGGUAACGAGAGUGUACACGACGAUGGCACACAGUCGCCCACACUGCUCGGCACACAAGGCGGACAUAGGUGGAAGAGCGUCAUGUCUAAAAACAUUGCCCUCAUGGAUGCCGUCAUCCAAAGCGUAAACACCGCAGAGCUUUCCGUUGAUAAGUUUGACGACUCUGUUGCGAGCAUCACCCAGGACGAUCAAUUCUACUCACUACACGAACCCACUGGAGAGCGAAGUGCAAGCACAAUCAAGCCGGCAGAGGUAGCGGAACGGCUGCAGUACUUACUUCGGGAUGCACUGCCUACCUACACCUCAAACUUCAACGCUGUGGUCAAAGAGAACGGCCGUCCAUCCCUGAUCAUCCGGUAUUGGCUUCCCGCCACUAUGCUCCUCGUAUCAUCAACCACUAUCCUGCGCAUAUUCGUCAACCGCAAAGAGGAAAUCUUGACUUGGGUACGCGAAUUAGGACAGACGGUAAUCGACUUCUGGACGAACUGGGUCGUGGAGCCCGCGAUGAGGAUCAUCGGUACCAUCCGCCACAACGAAGACAGCGAGGUUUCCAUCAUGAGCAAACGAAGUUUGGAAUCUGACCGCGCAAGCCUUGAGCGCAUGGUUAUUGACUUUGCCGUAAAGAACCCCGAAGGCCCAGCAUUGACUGACACGCAGAUCGCCGACAUCAGAGCUAGAGUCCGCGAGGGUGACCUAACAACGGUGUUGAGAUCAUACGAAAAGGAUAUUCAAAGCCCGGUCAAGGGAGCAAUAGUCGGUAACCUAGCUAGCGCACUCCUCAUCCAAGUGCAGAAGACCAAGGUCGAUGUGGAAGUUGCCAUGAGUGGUAUCGACAGCAUCCUCAAAAGUCAGGAGUUGCUCUUUGGCUUUAUCGGUCUGACCCCCGGCGUACUCGUCAGUAUCGGCGUCUAUCGAUACCUCCGAGGCGUCUUCAGCAGCCGCAAAGGCGUGCAGAUGUGGGCCAGGCAAGGUCGCAUGCUGCUCAUCCUACGCAACAUUGAUCGCAUCCUCACCAGCGCGACUCCUACUGAGGAUGGCGAAAUUUCUUACAAAGACCACGGUCUCCUUCUCUGCGAAGUGCAUCUACUGCGACAAGCCGCGAGCGGCAUUCUACCACGACGUAUCUUCCACGAUCUCUUGGUGGAAAUAGAUGAGCUUGUUGACAUCAAACUGCUCCUCAUAGGCGACUCGGGUGUAGGAAAAUCGUGCUGUCUGCUGCGCUUCAGCGAGGACUCAUUCACGCCCUCGUUCAUCACCACCAUCGGCAUCGACUUCAAAAUCCGCACCAUCGAGCUCGACGGCAAACGCGUGAAGCUGCAGAUAUGGGAUACUGCCGGUCAGGAGCGUUUCCGGACCAUCACCACAGCGUACUACAGAGGUGCCAUGGGUAUUCUGCUGGUGUACGACGUUACAGAUGAAAGGAGCUUCAAUAACAUUCGCACAUGGUUCUCCAACGUCGAGCAACACGCUACCGAGGGCGUCAACAAGAUUCUCAUUGGAAACAAGUGCGAUUGGGAAGAGAAGCGCGCCGUCUCCACAGAACAGGGCCAGGCCCUCGCCGACGAACUCGGUAUUCCCUUCCUCGAGGUUUCAGCCAAGAGCAACAUCAACGUCGACCAGGCCUUCUACAGCUUGGCCGGAGAUAUCAAGAAGAGGCUAAUUGACACGGCGAGGACGGACCAGACGGCGGCGCCCAAGGUAGACGUUAGCGGGCAAGACGGUGGAAACGCUGGUAUGGGCGGCAAGUGCUGCUGA